AUGCUGUUUCUGAGCAUUUCAUUGCUGUUAUGGCUAUGCCAAACCGCGCUGGCGCAAUAUAGCAGCGAUGAUCUUAUGUCAUUCGUCACGCUCCCGGAUAUUCGGGCAGUGAAAUUCAAUGUCCACUACCGGAAUCGCGAGCGUAUCAGUUCCGGUUACUGGUUCGUCGCUCCCUACCUACACAUGGGCCCCGAUCCACCGUCGAGCUUGUACGAGCAAUAUCAGAUCGGCCCGCAUAUCUACGAUGGCGAAGGACGCCUGAUCUGGACUGGCUCGCAACAGUUCGACAACCGGAACGUCUUCGAUUUCAAAGUCGUCAACAGUCUGGGCCCUGACCCACAUCUUUCGAUGGUCUUGCAACAUUCGUGGGAUAGCAAAGUGGACACCGGGUAUGGGCUGGUCUUGACCAAUGAUUACAAAGUCCAACGAAAGCUUCCUCUCCGGGCAGAUCUCGGUGUUUUUGACAUCCACGAGUUCAAUAUCCUGGAGGAUGGUAAGACUGCGCUGGUCACGCUCUAUCUUUCUCAUGAGAUUACCCUAGAGGAAUUUGGUCGUCCGAAAGAGCCUACUUGGCUUGAGACCGGCGGGUAUGCUGAGAUCGAUAUGAACACUGCCGAGGUAAUUCAGUGGUGGGACUCUUUUGACCACAUUCCUUUGCCCGAGACUGUCCAUUAUAGCCGCUAUUCUCCAGCAGAGGGACUUCCUGGCUGGGAUUAUGUGCAUAUCAACUCAGUUGACAAGAAUGAAAUUGGGGAUUUCUUGAUCUCAUCGCGGUUUACGAACACUAUCUAUCUCAUCUCCUGCAUAGAUGGAAAUAUCAUGUGGCGACUGGGUGGAAAAUAUAGUGAUUUCGAGCAAGAUUUCACCUUUUCGAAGCAGCAUGACGCGAAAUUCGUGGAGUCGAACGGGACGCAUCAUAUUAUUUCGUUUUUGAACAACGCCUCGGAUGAAGAAUUCAACGAGGAAAAUAUGUCAUCAUCCCUAUUUGUCGAGUUAGAUACCGGCGCGAGGCCUAUGACCGCUAAAGCCAUUCGGCGCUAUAACCGUCCCGAUCACCAGCUCUCGAGACUCCGCGGCAAUACCCAGCUGCUUCCAAAUGACAAUGUGUUCACCUGCUGGAGCAAAGAGGGCUAUAUUUCCGAACAUGCCGCCGAUGGAGAACUAUUGAUGACCGCCAACUUCACCUCUUCGCGUUAUUCAUCCUACCGCGGGUACAAAUUCGAUUUCAUCGGUCGCCCCUCGACCCCACCAGACGUGGUGGCCUCGGUCUACGGCACUGAUGAAACCAACAUGGUGACUACGUUCUGGGUCAGCUGGAACGGCGCGACUGAUGUCGCAGAGUGGAAUUUCUACGCGCAAGCCUCCGAAUUCGAUGCCCCUGUCCUUAUUGGCAAGACCCCCCGAUCCGAUUUCGAAACCAUGUAUAUUGCCCGCGGAUAUCUGGACUGGGUAUCUGCCGAAGCAGUAGAUGUCAAUGGCACCGUUCUAGGCAGAUCCGAAAUGCACCGAAGCAAAUACCCGGACUGGAAGUCUGUCGGGUACAGAGGGAAAUCAGACACACCCACUCCGGCUGACCCAUCGAUUAUCUACCAAGCAAGUAAGAGCGCAGCAGGAGACAAGGUGGUUGCUGCGUCUAAUCGCACGUCAUCGGAUGCAGUCGAUACCCAAACCCAGAAAACCAUCCAAGUCCUCAAGCAUACAUACGAUGCCAUCCGCAACAUUAGCGGUAUCUUCUCUUUUGUUUUGCUUCUUUGUCUGUUUGCCAUUGUUAUGGCAAGCUAUCUGGUCAUCCGUGGCUGGCGGGUCCAGCUCUACCAGCGUGUUCGCACGGAAGAUGGGUUUCCAGGCGAGCGGGCGCAUCUCGCCUCGUCACAUCAGGAUUAA